GGUAAAGGGUUGAAGAGCAGUUGAGUAGUCUAGAGGAUAGGUCCAGAUUGUAAUAAUAUAUACGGUAUCUAUUGAAAGAUGUUUUUGUUAUGAUUAAAGAUAAUCUCGACAUUUCUACUUGUCUGGUAUAGCCUAUUGUUUCUUUUUACCCAUUCCGUUUACACCUGGCCUCUAUUGUGAAUUAAUUAACAAUACACACUAAACACUAUUAAAGUGGUUUCUUUAAUGCACAGUCUCUCAAUAUACAUGGUUUGUUAACAUUUGUUCUGGGGUUUAAUGACCAGUACGACUAAUCCUUUGAUGUUUCCACCUGUCGCAUACUGGUUUAUUUAAAGCACAGCCUCUCAAUUCAGAAAGUUCAUAGAAAUCGCUGCUAAAACUACUUGCCUUAUUUUUAAAUAUUAUAUUGCAGUGCUAAUUAUGCUAAUUAUGAGUUUUUUCCGUCAUGACUCAAGUAAACAAGCACGGACAUAUACACCCAGUCGUUUCUUUUUACUGCAUUUGCGUUUACAAUGAGUAACAAUUGCGUGUCGUGCAAAGAGUGUGUUAGACCACGUCAGGAAGGACUUCAGUGUGAAGGGUGUUUUAAAUGGCAACAUAGACGUUGUAAUACAGGUGAGUUGACUAUUCUUAUUUUAUAUUUAGUGCACUUUCCAUUUUUAAAUUAGGCUCUAUGCAAUAUAAUUUUUGAACAAUGAAACUCAUAACUUUAAUAUUGGUGGCAAAUGGUCGUUUGUUAUAUAUUUCUAGUCUGCAAAUUUGUUUUUAUUCAUAAUAAAUAUACGUGAUGUUUAUGGUAAAUUAUUCAUAAAGAUAUCUUUUAUAUUUAUCAUAAAUUUUAUGUUUCAGUUAAGUAUUUAGCCGUCACGAUGUUUAGUGUGAUGGUAAUUGUACCCUAUAGUAACAAUUAUUAUAACUGACUAGAAAGUGUUGUUAUUAUGUAGGUGGUUCAUCAUAGUAUAUGUGUGUGCAAUUUCAUUUUAAUACGUCAACAGAUAAAAAUAGGUGCACAUUGUUCAAUUUUCUGAAAAGAAUGCAUAUAUCUGUGUCUGUAUAUACGUACAGGAAUAUCACAAGAGGCCUACAGAGCAGCAGUAAAGAAUGGUUCUGAUAUUGACUGGAAAUGCAUGAUGUGUGUACGCCCAACACCACGCAUUUCUCCGGCAUCACCGCCACCAGGUCUUUGUCUGCCACCACACACACGUCUUUGUCAACCACCACCACUGCCACCAGGCCUUUAUCAACCACCGCCACCACCAGGCCUCGUUCUAUCACCACCACCGACACAGGGAUCUCCGUCACCGCCACAACUGGGGAACACUACGUCGGUGUCACAGAUUGGUGUGGGAAUAUUUGCUGUUCUGCUUGAUCAAUCGAACAUACCCGGUGAACCACCAGCAGAGAGCACACGCUUGUCAUUUCAUUGUACUGGUACAUCACAGAUUGAGGAUGCUGCUGUUCUUGAGUACAUGCCUGAAAUGCCAGUUCUGCCGACGCGACCUAACCUCUCCUCAUACACAUUACAAGAAGAGUAUGCAUUUCUAUUAGAGGAACAGUUCCAGCGGCUUUGUUUGUUCGGUGCAUCCGAUUCCGUCAAAGGUCCAGAAUGUGCUGAACUGCAUAGAGAAAACAUGGUUUCGAAGCAGCGUUUGGAAGGUAGAGAAUUGGUCAAUCUUUGGACUGCCAAUUCAGACCAACAACAACACUGAAUGUUGGCACCGAAGAAUCAACGCAAGGGCGACAAGGGAAGGCAUUCAGUUUUACCUGCUGGUGCCUCUGCUUCUGCGAGAAUCCAAGUUAGUUGAAAUGACCAUGGAGAGGGUGAGCGACGGAAGGCUGGGUUGGACACAAAGGGCGAAGCAGAGAACCAGGCAUGGAGAAGUGUUUAAAA